UGUCAAUAGUAAAAUUAAUAUUAACUUUUUAUUUAGGUUUUUCCAUAUGUCCUUUUCCUAUUUAUUUGUACCUAUAUAGUUUCAAAACAAAUCGUGAUUCAAGAAGACUUACUGUGUAUUGAGAUAAGUAAAUUUGAAAAUAAUAUGGCUACUAGAAGUCUUACCGACAUAUUUUUGUUAAUGCGAACAAAUUCCAUCCAGAGUAGGGGAAUUUAUUCAUUUCAAGGAUCUAAACAUAAUGAUUAUGAUACAGACAGUGAUGAAAGUAUUAAUGAUAAAGCAGCGUUGAUGGAAGCUGGUCGUUCUAUGGUUAAAACAAAUUCUAUCGAAAUGCGUUCUCAGGAAAAAGCUCCACCAACGUGGACAGGAUUACUUGAAGAUGCUCAAUAUUCAAUUACCAGGUUACAGAACAAAUUAAAAGAAUUACAAUCAUUACAAGAUGCACAAGUAUUGAGACCUACCUUAGAUGAUUCUAGCUUACAAGAGAAACAUAUCCAAGAUCUCACAUUAGAUAUUACAAGAAUAUUUGGUUCAACUAAAAAAAUAAUUCAACAAAUCCGAUUACAUUCAAAUGGUUUAUCGGGCAACAAAGAAUCCCAACUUUCAUACAAUGUUUCAUCUGCUCUAGUGUCAUCAUUGCAAAAUUUGUUCAAUGAAUUUCGAAACUCACAACAAAUUUAUCUUAACAAAAUUAAACAUAGAGAAGCUAUGUCAUCACACAUGUGUUUUGAUACCGAAGAGAACACUUCAAAUUCUGAUUUACUAGAUAUGUUUGGUAAUAGUUCAUCUAAUUCUUUUGGACAACAGUUACAGAUGCAACAAUCAAAUCAAUCACAAACAUUUGCUGCUAUACUUAUUGAAGAAGAAAACGCUAAAAUGGCAGCUCAGUGGGAACAUGAGGCAAAUCAGAUAUCUAGUUCUGUUCUUGAACUUAAUAAUAUAUUUAAGGACCUUGCACAUAUGGUUGUUCAACAAGGUAGUGUUUUAGAUCGGAUAGACUACAAUAUCGAACAAACUGAAAUCAGAGUUAAAAAAGGUGCAGCUGAGUUAAUAAAAACUGAAAAAUAUCAUCGAAGUAAUAGAAAAAUGAAAUGUAUUUUGAUUCUAGCUCCUAUUUCAAUUAUGUUAUUAAUUCUUUUGGAUAUAACAAAAUUUUAAGGUACAUGAAUCAUGAAUGGAUAAUCGAUGAUGUUUCUUCUCGUGCUCCAAUCCUCGAGUCCUUGAUAUUACCUACCCGAUGAAUGACAUUAUCGUGACCACCGUGGGUAAACUUUAAUUAUGUGAUUAAUCCAUACUGAUAUAAGUGAAUGUAACUUGAAAACGGGGCCAAAGUAACCUCUUUCUAGCGACUAUGCAAUUGUUUAUACAUAUUGCUAUAUCGUUACAUAUUCCCAAACGUUCAACACCGUGGAUCUGCUGCGGAUGCAGAGGUCGAUCAAACGAUUGAUGCCAGUUCAGUGGCGGCUGUAUAGCUAGGCUCAAAAUUGGUAAAAAAAAUAAGAAAAAGAGAAAAAAACACACAGUGAGUAGAUAAUUGAGCUGGCGAGCUAUUAUGAUUGGGGACACCUAAACGUUGUUGACGGGGUGGUAGCAUCCCUGACGUCUGUGACGCUGCAGGAAGAAUCUCCGGACGUGUACCCCUAAGAUUUCCAGUGAUGGUAGAAAUCUCGGGUGGAGAUGAAGCCGAUCUAUGGAGACAUGCUGAUACAGUAUAUAGGAUCAGCAAUAGAGCGUAACCGAACGACUGUGGUAACGCCUUUGGAAUCGGUUCAAAAAUCGGUUAUAAUCACGGACAUUGAAGAGACAACAUCUAAAUCCGUACAGACUGGCCGGAUUAUGCAUCUGUCCGUAGAGUAGACGCUGGUUUCCAACAUGACUUCUAAAAUCUCCUAUCAGACAAGCGAAGAUAAACGCCGCCACCCGCAAAGGAGUCGACGUUUUCUUCCUUGGAUCCAGAAGGUAAACUCCUAAAAAAAGUAAGAUUGUAUGAGGGUUCUGGUCUGGUUUAAAAAAAUUGGUAUGCAUCAAUUCCGUUCAUGAAUCAUGAACCCUGAUCAAAAGAAGAUUAACUACAAAAUAUUAGUUUAGUUUUAUAGUUUAAUCCAAGGAAACUCAACCUUUUGAUGUCUAUACUUCCUUUUAUGCUAUAUUGUAUGAGACCACCAUGCCCUCACCUCCUUUAAGGUUGAAUUAUAAUUAAUAU